AUGCACUCAGCGCUCUGCAACCACAGUCCAGCCUCCUCUUCCUCCGGCUCCUUUCCGCCGCCCCCCUCUGCCUCUCAGCUGCAGCCGUUCUUUCUCCGGGGGGGCUCCUACCGCAGCUGCCGGAGGGGCUCAAAGGAUAGCAGCACCAGCACCAGCACCAGCACCAGCAGGGGAGGAGGAAGGAGCCGAGGCCGGGGAGGCGGCGGCUUCCGCGGCUCCCCGAGCAGCAGCACCGGAGCGGAGCGGGAAGACGAAGACGAAGAGAGCAUCAGUAUUAGCAAGCCCCUGGUGCCCGCCUCUGCUUCGGGCCCCCUGGAGCCCCCUUCUCAGGCCGGCGCUCAGCUGAUCGGUCACGCCGCCUUUUCCACCUUCUCUUCCUCAAAGUCCACCUCCAGCUCCUCUUGUAGUAUGACCGCAGUGGAUUUUGCUGGUGGGGGUGGAGCGGGACCUAUUGGAGGGCCGGGGGGCCGUUCAUCCGGGGGCCCCAGUGGGCCCAGUGGUGGCAGCGGCUCCUCUUGCUGCUCCUGCUGCUGCUGUUGCUGUGGCCACUCCUCCAGGCCCCCUCACCGCGGUCGGCGAGGCUGCUGUGCCCCAACUUCUGAGUGCAAAUGGGGAUACCAGGCGCUGUCCGUGGUGCUGCUGCUGGCUCAAGGUGGGCUACUAGACUUGUAUCUCAUCACAGUCACCGAUCUGUACUGGUGCUCCUGGAUCGCCACCGAUCUGGUGGUCGUGGUUGGCUGGGCCAUUUUUUUCGCGAAGAACAGCCGGGGCCGUAGAGGAGCAAGUGCCGGCAGCUCGCACAACCACUACCAGCACCACCACCACUCGGCACCCCCACCUCUCCACCUGCCCGCUUCCUCGGGCGCAGCGGUGGGAGCCGGGGCUGGAGGCAAAGUCCGGGGCCGCGGUGGUGGGGCCGGCCUGGGAGAUGGUUUGGACUCGGUGGGCUCCGGGGGAGAAUUCGCUUUUGCCUAUUUGGCCUGGCUGAUCUACUCCAUUGCCUUCACGCCCAAGGUGAUUCUGAUACUUGGCACGUCCAUCCUGGACCUCAUCGAACUACGAGCGCCUUUCGGUACCACGGGCUUUCGUCUCACCAUGGCGCUGUCUGCGCCCCUGCUCUACGGUUUGGUACGGGCCAUUAGCGAGGCUGGCGCCCCUUUCGGAUCUGCUGGACCCCUGCUCUUGCAGCCUCAGCAGCACCGUGCCGCUGGCUGUUUCCUGGGCACAUGCCUAGACUUACUGGACAGCUUCACCCUGGUGGAGCUGAUGCUAGAGGGCCGGGUGCCUCUGCCUUCCCACCUGCGCUACCUGCUUAUCUCUGUCUACUUCCUGACCCUCACUUCUCCAGUGCUCUGGCUCUAUGAACUCAAUACCGCCGUCCCAACGGGUGCCCCUUCCUGGGGGUCGGGGGCUGGCGGAUGUAGCAGGCUCUUGCGACUGUUGGCUGGCUGCUUGGUGGACGUGCCCUUGUUGGCCCUGCGCUGCCUUCUGGUGGUGAGCUACCAGCAACCACUCUCUGUCUUCAUGCUCAAGAACCUCUUUUUCCUUGGUUGCCGGGGAUUGGAGGCCCUAGAGGGCUGUUGGAGCCAAGGGAGUCUGGGUUCCCCGAACAGGAUCCGGGGAGGUUACGGAGUCCCUCCCCCAGCUCCGCCCCCAUCGCCACCACCCCCCACCCCUCAGGGAGGUACUCAGUUGGGUCACUGCAUCCCAGAGAAUGACACGGGACCCCAUGGCUACGUCAAUACCCUGGUUGUCUCCUCCCAGAAUUAA